UUACAAGUUUCUUUUCAAUUGUCUUAGUUUGGUUUUACAAACAAGCACAAUUGCUUGUUCAUCUGCAAUGAUAUGAGCGGAGUUUGGGACGAUUUAUCCAUUACUCUCUCUGUAAUAGACUAACAGAGAUUACCUAGUUUAUUGCACAUCGUACUUUUAAAAAUAUAAACGAAGAGUAAUUACGACCUUGGAUAGACUGUUUCCUAUGACAAACAAACGGUGAAGUAAUCUUUGCCGGCUUUUGCAAAUGAUAUAUUUCUUAAUUUGAUUUCAGCCGUCUAUGUUGCUUUUUAUAUGUGUUUUGGAGGUUCUAAUGUCUCUCUAUAGAUAGAAAAUGUCUUUCCUGAUUCAUCAGUAUCAGCCAAAGCCUUUUCGAUAGCUAUGUCAGUAUCAGAGAUAACUGAGGAGGAAGAAGAGGUAUCUAAGUUUAUUGAUCCUGAAGUCCAAAGGGAAAGAAUCCGACAGAUACUCAAGUACCAGAAAUCUGUGUAUUCUUCAUCUUCAUCUUCCUCUUCUUCUAUCUCAACCUCGGCAUCAUCUUCCAGAAGCUGUAGUUUACUAGACUUGAUGAAAGCAGGAAACGCUUCUCUCAGGAGAUUAUUUGACAUGCAGCAUACUAGUUUGGCCACCUAUUUUGAUAAGUACAGUGGAUCACCCACGAUAAAGCCUAUACCAUUAUGGGGCAGUGAUUCUGAUGUAGAAAUCUGUGAUGCUUGGGCAUCCAUCAAGAUCGGACCCUCACAUGAUUCUAGGUCUCUCGGAACUAAUUGCACAUCAAAUGGUGUUUUCAUGGACAGAAACACAGGGCUUCGGAAUAGCACGGUAAGGGUUAACAAACACAAGUUAACUAGGAAAAAGUCAUUUCGGAAGCUACCUGGAUUUGGUCUGCUAUGGAGAAGCGGAAGAUUUAGAGUCCGGAUCAGGAAUUUUUGCUCUAGAUGUCUUCAGUACAACACCCGUCUCGGCAAAUCUCCUUAUUAUAUUGACUAAUCUUGAGAUCUGUCCAUAGGCCCCAGCUCCGGCUAGUGAAUUCGACGGUGAUGACUGAUCAUUUCUGCCGUCAAGGUAUUUCAAUAGAAAGCUAGAAUGGGGUCCAUUUGGCCCUAUUUUGAUAUUACAGCUGCGUUUUGACCCUAGCUGAUCAAACUGAUCCUAAUCGAUCCUGAUUUCGUGGUGCUAAAAUAUUUUCUAGCGGUGCCGCUUGAUGCCCCGACAACACACUACC